AUGAAUACAAACGGCAUUCAUAAAGUGCAUGUUCUGUAUGUCGGCGCAUGGACUCUCAAAUCGGUAGAUAAUAGUGUUAUGAUAUGAUGACUAUGAAUAUAGAGAGGUUUGUCAGUGAGGGGAAAGGAAAUGGUUUGCGUGCUCUGCGCGAACUCAAAGCUGGUGAAGCGAUUCAUUCAUGCGAGCCGUAUGCGUUCUGCAUAGCCAAGGAUUUCUUGAAGACUGCCUGCCAUAGUUGUCUGCAGAGAGGUGAAAGUCUGUCGAGAUGUUCUCAAUGUAAGACGGCCCGUUACUGCAGUGUUCAGUGUCAGAAGCAAGCAUGGCCUGAUCACAAGAGGGAAUGCAAAUGCCUCCAGCGUCUCCAGCCAAGGAUCCCCACAGACUCCGUCCGUCUGCUUACGAGGAUCAUCUUCAAACUGCUCGCCCAAUCAGAAAGUGACCAAGAAGAUCUAUACUCGAUAGCCGAACACCAAUCACAUCUAGCAGACAUGAGUGAGGAGAAGAAAGAGGGCCUGAGGCAGCUCUGCACAACGCUGCAGCUUUAUCUUGGUGAGGAGAACCACGAUCUGUCUCAGCUUCCGCCCGGCCUCGACCCCAUCAGCCUCCUCGCCAGAGUGACCUGCAACUGCUUCAGCAUCAGUGAUGGAGAGCUGCAGGACGUGGGGGUGGGACUUUACCCCAGCAUGUCUCUGCUGAACCACGACUGCCAGCCCAACUGUGUCAUGAUCUUUGAGGGCAAGAGACUCACGCUGCGAGCUGUUCGGCUCAUCAGACCCUGUGAGGAGCUAACUAUAAGCUACACUGAUAUCCUUGCGACCAGCAAAGAGAGACGUUCCCAUUUACAGGAGCAGUACCACUUCCUGUGUCAGUGCACGCGCUGUACCACUGAGGACAAGGACUGUGACAUGCUGGCUGGUGAGAAGACUGCGUGGAGGUCCUUAAGAGACGCCAUCCCUCACCUGGAGCAGCUUCAGUCGGAGCAGCGCUGGGAGGAGCUUCUAAAAGAGAGCCAGGCUCUUUUGCACAGAUAUACAGAUGUGGUCCCGGACAGGAACAUCUAUGUGCUCAGGCUGCUGGAUCUGGCUAUGGAUGCUUGCAUUAGUCUGGAUGACUAUGAGACGGCGCUGGAGUACGGCAAUAGAGCUCUGGAACCUUACAAACUGUACUACAGUGAUCCUCAUCCGUCCAGAGCGGUGGAGCUGCUGCGGGUGGGGAAGCUGCAGCACUUCCUGGGCAGACUGGAGGAGGCUCAGGGGAGCUUCACGCAGGCGUAUGACAUCAUGAAGGUGACCCAUGGGACGGAUCACGUCCUGACUAAUGAGGUGAAGAGAAAACUGAGCGAGUGCCAGGCUGAGCUGGGUAAAGUCUAGACUGAUGUGUGCCAUCAUACAGAGACCGAGUACUGCGGUCCCGCCACGGCCCCAAACUCCUCUCAUCCAGUUCUUUGACAUGUUGGCUGUUAGUCAACACGUUU